ACCAUUUUCUCCACUUACCUCUCUAAUGUCAAUUGCCAUUGUUGGCUGCUGUGUCCGCGUCGCUCCGCCCCUCCAUGUGUUGGAGUCUGAGUCCGGCGGGAUAAGGGCAACUCGUCUCCUCCUGCAGCCGAUCAGCUGGACUUCUUCCCAGGGAGACACAAGAAGCAAGAAGCCGGAGGGAGGGAGGGGGACGCAGGCACAGAGCCGCCGGACAGACCCGACCACAUCCAGCCACAGCACGGGGUGUCCGCACCAUGUCCUUCAGCCCAAAGCACUCCACCCCCUUCUCAGUCAACGACAUUUUGAGCCCGAUGGAGGACAGCUACCGGAGGUUUGGAGGUAUGGAUCCCGCAGCGGGGAGCCUCGGGUCCCAGCUGGGCGCCUACAGGCAGCCGCAAGUCUCCCAGCCCGGUAUGCAGCACCAUCAGCACCACCAGGCGCAGCAGCAGCAUCAGCCGCCUCAUCUCCAUCACCAUCAUCACCACCAUCACCAUCACCACCUGUCCUCCUCUUCAUCCUCAUCCUCCUCCUCUUCCUCAGCCUCGGCCAGCGCAGCAGCAGCAGCCGCCGCUCUGGGACCCGGCGGGCCCUAUCAUGUGCCCCACGGGGUGCCGCAGUUCUCCGGGGCCGUCGGAGGGUUCUGCAACGGCGGCAUCGGGAAUGUCGGAGACUUGCCGUCCUACCAGGAGACGGUGAGGGGCGGAGGGGCGGCAGCGGCGUGGUACAGCAACCCGGAGCCCAGAUACCCGACAAUUUCCAGAUUCAUGGGCCCCUCCGCCGGGAUGAACAUGUCCGGGAUGGUGGGCAGCUUGGCCGGGAUGGACUCGACCGGCAAGUCCAUGGUGACGCUGCACGCCGCGCCGCGGAGGAAGCGGCGGGUGCUCUUUUCCCAGGCGCAGGUGUACGAGCUGGAGCGGCGCUUCAAGCAGCAGAAGUACCUGUCCGCCCCGGAGAGGGAACACCUGGCGGGACUGAUCCACCUCACCCCGAACCAGGUCAAGAUCUGGUUCCAGAACCACCGCUACAAGCUGAAGCGACAGGCCAAGGACAAGGUCGCGCAGCAGGACGGAGGCGGUGGUGGCGGAGGAGGAGGAAGCGGUGGAGGUCUGUGCACGACGACUCACCGCUCCUCCUCAGUGUCCCCGGUGCUCUCCAAGAACGGUAAGGGGUGCCGGAACGACUCCAGCGGCUCCAACCAGACCGGAAACCGACAGAGCAGCUCGGGGGAUGCGAUGACUGCGACCCCACAGCAACAACAACAGCAGCAGCAGGUGAACCAGCUGUCAUCCACGGAGGAGCUGGAGGAUUUGUCUCCAAGUCCGCCGAUGGGACUGCACGGUCAGAUCAACAUGACGCAGACGGACGCGGCGCUAAUCGAGUACACAAACAGCAUGAUCGGCUCCAAUUUACUGUACGGGAGAACUUGGUAGGGAUACCGGGAGGAGGACAGACGGGAGCGGGCCUGCGGGGCAUCAAUCCUAGGUUGGAUUUUUGGGAUGAACCGGCUGGAGGACAGAAACAAGCACCAGACUCUUUUUCUUUCCGUGCGUAAAGUUCCUUCCUUUAUGCACACAGGGACUCAAAAGACACUGAGUGGUUUUGAGCAAUAAGGUGCAAAAAUAAACUGUAUAUUAGAUCCUUGAACGUGGUCUGAAUGUUCAUAAUGUAUUUUCGCCUCUUCAAAACAAAUAUUUGUUAAGUCUUUCUUUUUUUCUGGUAACUGACAGAUAUGACUGCUGCUGCAUUUAAACCAUAAAAUCUAAUUUGUGGAGAUUCAGGAUGAGGCACGCGCACUGUGCUUGCCACGACAAAUUAAAUUAUUGCAGGUUUAUAUAUGAAGUUAAUACAAAAUGAAGCAAUAGAGGCCGGUUUGAGAAAUAAUCCCGGGCGGAAGUAUACCAGCCGUAUCUUGGUUCGUAUUAAACGAAUUGAGAAAUAUUUUCAUUGGAAGUAAAGUCAGUAAAUA